AUGUCACCUUUCAUUGUAUCUGCUGUCAUGUUACAGGACAGCGCCAAGGCUGGCAAUGCAUUGGUGCCUUAUUUUUACCACAAGGUAACUUUCAAUAUCGGCACCGCCUCCAAGGUCAGGACAUACCAAGAUAGCAUGGUGGCCCUGGUGGGCAAACUAUCUAGUACUGCAUGGAGCCGCGUGGUCUUCGGUAUAUCUAACCAUACUGACAACUCGUCUGGAGACCCAUUUGUAGGGUAUGAAAGAAAGACUUAUGUUGCGACUCUGGUUCAUGAUUUUUUGGCCAUCAUUCUUGGACCAUGGCAGGUUCUCAUUGAUAAGGUGCCGGAGUCAUUCCUUUGGCUCUUUUCUUGUGGGGCGCUGGUCAACAAUCUGGAAUCCUUCGCAAAUUUGCGUGUUUCGGUUGCACAUCAUGGCAUUUCGGCCGCCAUAGCAUUCAAUGCUAUCGGUUUUCAACCGAGUUUCUCCACGCAUCUCCUGCUUGCUUUCUGCAAGCUCAUCCUCAUCCAGCAUCUCUCCAUUCAACAAGCAUUCCCUGACAUGCUUGGCCAAUCCUACAAACUCGGCCGUCAUUCAGACAUUUUUUUGUUGUUGAAGCAUGACAUCAACUCUGUUGACGUUUUCAGAUACUGCUGGACUCAUUCUCACCUCCACCCCUGGGGCAACUUCCUGCCACUGCAGUGCCCUGACUGUGGUCUGGUAGACGCUUGGACCUCUGCUAAUCACCAGAAGGAAUAUUCAUUUGAGUGCAAGGGUGAAAAUUGCAGGAGGGGUUUUGUGUUUAGCCCUCCAGCAAACUCAAGGGUGCUUGUACCAGGCAAAACUCACUCUGAGAAGUCAGAUAAAGAAGCUGAGCCAGAUGUGGAGGAUGACCAUGUUGUGACGUCGGAGGAAAGAGAAGCAGCUGCACGUCCGAAAACUGCACUAUUCUACAAGAAAGAAUGCAAUGAGUGGGAUGUCGCCCAGAAGUUGUUCAAGGAAGAGAUCAAUGACUAUGACAAGGCCGAGAGGGCGAGGAAAGGAUUGGGUGAGUCCAUCAAGCAUAGGAUGGGACAUGCCAGAGAGUGGUUUAGGAAGAUGAUGGCUGAGCAAGAGAAAGAGGUUAAAGAUGCAAUGGAGAAAUGGAACAAAGAGGGUGCGCCUGAGGAUAUUCAGGCUGUCUAUCGGAAGAAUAAUCUCAAGACAAAGCUUGAAGAUUUUUCGGAGGAACUACGCUGUACCAUGGGUUGCCGAGUUGUAAUGCUAGUCAGUCACAAGAAGAAGGCCCAUAAGUCCUUGGCUGUUACCUUGCAUGAAUCCAAACCGCAGAGUAGCAAGAAAAGUUUUUCUGUCAACUCUGACAGUAUCAAGGAGUGGUCUUCAACAGGUUUUGAUUUCUUUGCAGAAUGGUCCAAGGCUGAAUUCUAUCCUACAGCUCAAGAUCUCGAAGAAUUAGAGAUAGAUGAUUCAGACACCAGUGCAGCUGAACCAGAACUUAUAUUGGACGAAGAAGGAUAUGCAAAGCUCCCUUCUCGUGAGGGUGUGGCUCUCAGGGGACAACAGUAUUUGAUUAGAAACAUUUUCCUUGCUUCGUAUAAGGCCUUCACGCAGAGUAAUAAACCUGUGCCUUGGCGGCAGAUUGUCAAUAACUGUGCUCACUAUCUGGACCCUACCUGUGUUCCUGAGACAUUGGUGGUGAGAGACCCUUUGCACAUGAGGUCAGAGGAUGUAAAUUCUCUCUGGCACCAUUGGGAGAGAUGUAGUAUUGCAAGCAAGAAGCUGGUCAUUUUCAUAAAUGCAAAGAAGGGUGAUAAGAGGAUGGACAGAGCUGAGAAAGAAGAGGGAAAGAAGAGAAAAAGAUGGACUACCAUGGAUGACAACUACCUUGAAUUGGUGGACACCACUUAUGAUUUGGCGCAUGCCACUAAGGAUUCAUCAAAAUCCUCUAAACAGAUGAUUCAAUUAAAGGACCAUGGUGACUUGCCCUCUUGGGCUAAAUGGUCUUGGAAGCAUCGUUAUCUUCCAAAGGACAUUCAUGAAUCUCGGAUGAUGCUGAAAGCCACCCUAACCAAACUUGGGAAGGCCAAUAUCUCGAAUGCAACAUCGGCUGUCUCUGUGGUGUUAGGAUUGGGUAUGCUCUUCAGGGAGUGUGGUCGUGUGAUUGAGUAUGAGGAAGAUGAGGCUUCUUCAGAUACCCCUGCCUACCUUGCUAACUCCAUCUUGGAUGUCUCAGUCGUACCUCUCCUGAGGGAGGCAGUACCUGAUGUCUUGGCCUCUGUAGUUGCCAUCAUUGAGUUGGAUAUGAGGGACAAGUUGGAGGUUCAGGACAUAGAGAUGGAGCAGGAGGAGGAGGAGAAGGAAGCUGAAGUCAAGGAGGAGGUAGAGGAGGCGGAGGAGGACAAGGAGGAGGAGGAGGACAAGGAGGAGGAGGCAGAGGAGGAGGAUGAGAAGGAGGAGGAGGAGGAGGAGGAGGAGGAGGAGGCAGUGGUGGUUGAAGUGAAGCAGACUAGGAGGAAGAGAUCUGGAACCCAAAUCCCCUCUCGAAACUCCAAAAGGGCUAAGACUGAGCCUAAGGUUUCUUCAAUCAAGUUCAAGAAGCCAGUCAAGGCUGAAAUUUGA